GGAGGAACGCGACCUCCUUACAAGAAGCUCAAAGAGCCGAGAAGAGACAGAGAGGAAAAGUCGCUUCAGGCGGUCGGGCAAGCCUGGGACUGCAGCGGAGAGCCUGAGCCGACAGAGAGAGGGGGGGAGUAAUACUAAAAUAACAGACGCAGAAAGAAAAAUAGAUUCCGCCCGGUUGCACAUUUGCGUGGACUGGAGAUGGUCCGGGGCUCCGUGCUGUUGCUGCGCUGAACUCGAGAGGGGUGGACGCACGCUGCUGUGAACAGAUCCGUGUUUAUAGAAAGUUCCCAGGCGGCCAAGGUAGCGAGGAAGAGCGGUCUGGAGCAUGAGCAGCAUCUGAGCGGCUGGGAAGAUGUGGGUUCUUGUGCUGGCUGUCCUGCUCCCUUUACUACCCCAUGCUGAAGGCCAAGGGACAUGUAGGAAUGUGGCAGCGGCGGACAUCGUGUUCCUGGUGGACGGCUCCUCCAGUAUCGGCCGAUCGAACUUCCAGGAAGUCAAGCGCUUCAUGGCGGGCAUCGUGGCCCCGUUCGCCAGCGCGGUGAGCAGGACGGGAGUGCGCUUCGGAGCCGUGCAGUACAGCGACACCUCCAGGGAGGAGUUCACCUUCGCCACGCACCAGAAUGGCAGCGAGCUCAUCAGCGCCGUGCGCAACCUCAACUACAAGGGUGGGAACACGCGCACCGGCGCAGGGCUCAAGUACGUCGCAGACAACUUCUUCAGCAGGGCGGCACUCCGGGAUGUGCCCAAGGUCACUGUCCUCAUCACGGAUGGCAAGUCUCAGGACAACGUUGAGCCGCCCUCCCAGAAGCUGCGCGACCUGGGGGUGAAGGUGUUCGCUGUAGGUAUCAAGAACGCGGACCGCAGGGAGCUGGGUCAGCUGGCCUCUCAGCCGCGGAACGAAUUCUCCUUCUACAUCGGCGACUUCAAGAUCCUCAACACUCUGCUGCCCCUGGUGGCGCCGCGGGUCUGCUCCAGCUCCGGUGGCACCUACGUCAGCGACGAGGUCUUCACUGGGCCAUCCGGCCUGCAGUUCUCUGGGGAGACAUACGACUCUGUGCGGUUCCGGUGGAGCCCUGCUGGAGGCCCCGUGAUUGGCUACAGGAUUCAGUACACACCCCUCUCUGGGCUGGGACAGCCAAUCACAGCUGAGCUUCGAGAGGUGAACGUGGGAUCCGCGGAAAGGAGCCAUGUGGCUCGGGGGCUGAAAUCGGCGACGGACUACCUGGUGACAGUGAUUGCUCAGUAUCCGAACAGCGUGGGCGAGUCCGUGUCUGGAAAAACCAGGACCAACUCCCUGCCGGGCGCGACGAACUUCCGAGUUGUCCGGAGGGGAUAUUUCUCCCUCUCUUUGUCCUGGAGCCCCCCCUCCUCCCGACCCCAGGGGUACAGGCUGACGUACGGGCCCAGAGGCCGCACGGACGCUGAGCUGGAGGAACGGACUCUUCUGCCCGAUGCCUCAUCUGUCACGCUGGAGGGUCUGCAGGCUGACACUGAGUACGCCCUGACCCUGUACCCACUGUACACCCAGAGCUCUGCUGCGCCGUCUUCCACUACAGCACGCACCUUGCGUCUGGAGCCCGUGCAGCAGCUCUCUGUGCAGACCGUGUCUCCUCGCAGUGUCCGCGUGCUCUGGAGGGCAGCAGAAGGAGCCACAGGGUACCGCCUGGUCUGGGGACCGUUCACAGGCCGGGAGGUGGACCGGCUCAAUAUUCCCGUGGGAACGGAGGCCCACACCAUCUCCAACCUGCAGCCUGACACCGAGUACAUUGUGACUGUCAUCGCUCUGUACGGCACCACAGAGGGGCCUGCAGCUACCGCGCGCUUCAAGAUAGGUAAGGCACAGCGCCCCAGCGAGAACACUGGCUCCAAAUAA